CAGUAGCAUUCAAGGAGCAUGUGUGGAGAAUAUUUUGGACUCGGUGGUUAAUUCCUUGCAGCGUGACCAAAACAGAAAGUUUGUGUUUGCUGAGAUGGCGUUUUUCCAUAGAUGGUGGGUGGAACAAAGUCCAGAAACACAAGAACAAGUGAGAAAGCUUGUUGAUGCUGGGCAACUAGAAUUUGUAAAUGGUGGUUGGUGCAUGCAUGACGAAGCCACGACCCAUUACAUAGACAUGAUUGAUCAAACCACUUUGGGUCACCUCUUCAUCAAAAACCAAUUCAACAAAGUCCCUCGUGCAGGGUGGCAGAUUGAUCCCUUUGGACACUCUGCUGUCCAAGCUUACUUGCUGGCUGCUGAGCUUGGGCUUGACUCUGUGCACUUCGCUAGGAUUGAUUAUCAGGACAGAGCUAAGCGCAGAGUUGAUAAAACUCUUGAAGCUGUGUGGCGAGGUUCCAAGACAUUUGGCUCUUCAGCACAGAUAUUUGCCAAUAGUUUUCCUGUUCAUUAUAGUCCACCAAGUGGUUUUCAUUUUGAAGUCAAUGAUGACUUUGUUCCUGUACAGGAUGAUCCCCUUCUAUUUGAUUACAAUGUUGAACAGCGAGUCAACGACUUCAUUUCUGCUGCUAUUACACAAGCAAGUGUGACUAGGGCGAACCAUAUCAUGUGGACAAUGGGUGAUGAUUUCCAGUACCAAUAUGCCGAGUCUUGGUUCAGGCAAAUGGAUAAACUAAUUCACUAUGUUAAUAAGGAUGGCAGAGUCAAUGCUUUAUAUUCUACUCCAUCUAUUUACACUGAUGCAAAAAAUGCCGCAAAUCAAGCAUGGCCCCUGAAAACUGAUGAUUACUUCCCGUAUGCAGAUGGACCAAAUGCUUAUUGGACAGGCUAUUUCACUAGUCGCCCAGCCUUUAAGCGUUAUGUUAGGAUACUAAGUGGAUAUUAUUUGGCAGCACGUCAACUUGAAUUUUUUGUGGGAAGGAAAUCCAGUGUAGACCACACUUCAGACCUUGGAGAUGCUCUUGGAAUUGCACAACACCAUGAUGCUGUCUCUGGCACUGCUACGCAACACACAACUAAUGACUAUGCAAAACGACUAGCUAUUGGAGCCUCAAGGGCUGAAGCUGUUGUUAGUUCUUCUCUGUAUUGUCUUGCUAGCAAGAGAUCAGGGGUUCAAUGCUCAGCACCUACAUCCGCAUUUUCCCAGUGUCAAUUACUCAAUAUCAGUUAUUGCCCACCAACCGAAGACAUUAUACCACAAGCCAAGAGUUUGGUAUUAGUGGUGUAUAACACACUUGGAUGGAAUCGCACUGACAUUGUGAGAAUACCAGUCAAUGACGCCAAUCUUAUCGUCAAAGAUUCAUUGGGCAAUAACGUUCAAACACAAUAUGUCGAAGUGGAUAGUGUUACAGCAAAUUUAAGAGAAAUGUACGUCAAAGCUUAUGUUGGGUUGACACCAAAACAAGCCCCAAAAUACUCGCUUCUGUUUCAGGUUUCGGUACCUCCACUUGGAUGGAGUACCUAUUUCAUUUCUAAACCAGCAAUAAAAGGCAAAAGAAAGAAUGGAUUUCUCUCACGCCUCAGCAGUCAGACAAAUAAUAUAAUUGAAAUUGGACCUGGAAAUUUAAAGUUGUCCUUUUCUUCAGACUCUGGACAACUCAUACGGAUGCAUAAUUCCAGAACUGGAGUUGAUGUACCAGUUCAGCAAAGCUAUCUCUGGUAUGGUUCUAGUUUGGACGAUCAGGCUUCUGGUGCAUAUAUAUUUCGGCCUAAUUCCCCUCCAAAUAUUGUUUCAAGAUCAGUAAAUUCAUUUUGGUUUAUAAUGCAUAUAAAACAGGUGCCCUUAAAGAUAAUCCGCGGACCAUUAGUUGAUGAGGUUCAUCAGAAUUUCAGUUCUUGGAUUUACCAGGUUACUAGGGUUUACAAAGACAAAGAGCAUGCCGAGAUUGAAUACACUAUUGGUCCAAUUCCUACGUUGGAUGGAGUUGGGAAAGAGGUGAUCACGCAAAUGACUGCAAAUAUGGUUACAAACAAGGAGUUCUAUACUGAUUCUAAUGGAAGAGAUUUUAUGAAACGGGUUCGAGAUCACAGAGAAGAUUGGUCCCUUCAAGUUAAUCAACCUGUAGCAGGAAACUAUUACCCACUCAAUCUUGGAAUUUAUAUCAAGGAUAAGAAAUCUGAAUUAUCAGUCUUAGUUGAUCGGGCAACUGGAGGGGCCAGUAUCAGAGAUGGUCAGGUGGAACUUAUGCUUCAUAGGCGCAUAGUCUUUGAUGAUGGCAGAGGAGUAGACGAAGCACUUGAUGAACAAGUUUGCCUAAAGGAUACAUGUGAAGGACUAACAGUGAGAGGAAAUUAUUAUGUGGGGAUCCACAGCCUGGGAGCUGGUUCACGAUGGCGCCGGACAACUGGUCAGGAAAUUUAUUCGCCAUUAUUGUUGGGUUUUACACAUGAGAACAUGGGAAACUGGAAGGCCUCUCAUUGGACGAAAGGAACUCUCAUUGAUCCUAAUUACACCUUACCUCCCAACGUUGCUCUCAUAACUCUUGAGGAGUUGGAUAAUGGAAGCGUGCUUCUCCGUUUGGCACAUCUUUAUGAGGCCGGUGAAGAUGCUCAGUAUUCAACUUUGACCAAAGUUGAAUUGAAGAAAAUGUUUGGCUCAAAAACGAUAAAGGAGCUGAUUGAGGUUAGUUUAUCAGCUAACCAAGAGAAGUCUAAAAUGAAGAAGAAAGCAUGGAAGGUUGAAGGGGACAAGGAGCAAGAAUCUCAAGCAGUUAGGGGUGGCCCUGUCAGCAAUAUCAAUCUUGUAAUUGAGCUUGGUCCCAUGGAAAUACGUACUUUCCUGUUGAAAUUCUAA